AUGGCAUCGAAGAGUAUUGUGUCCGUUGUUCUGGUCAUAGCAUUCAACCUUUUAUUAUGUGUGGUGGUUAGUGGCUGUGAAACGUCCGACAUACCAGAACCCAACCUCAAUCCAAAUCAAAAACCCAACACAAACCCAAGCAGCAACCCCAACCCAAACCCAAAUACAGAAACCUGCCCUAGAGACGCCUUGAAACUGGGGGUUUGUGCUAAUCUUCUAGGGGGAUUGGUCAAAGUUGAGUUAGGUUCACCACCGGUGAAGCCAUGUUGCUCUCUUAUCCAAGGACUUGCCGACCUUGAGGCUGCCGUCUGUUUGUGCACUGCAAUCAAAGCCAACGUCCUAGGGAUCAAUCUUAAUGUACCAGUAUCUCUUAGCUUGCUCGUUAAUGUCUGUGGCGGUGAAGUCCCAAAUGGUUUUGUAUGUUCCUAGUUUGAUUUAAUUUAUACAAUAUGAAUCAAUGUGUUGCUAAAUUAAGUGUGCCAUCUGUGAAAUCAAUACUUCGUGGGUAACAAUUCAGUCCUUUCUUUUGCAACAAAAAGUUUUUCUUAUAUCAUGUAUAUUUAUAUGCUACUUUAAUG